AUGAAGUUCAGCGCCAUCCUCCUCGUUCUCGCCCCUCUCGUCUCCGCAGCUGCUUCAAAGCAGGCCGCUGCUGGACUUCCUGACCUUGCUUCGGCCAGUGAGAAGGGUCACGAUCUCUCAUCACACGGCGAGGGACUUCAGCUUGCUGCCAAAGUCUGUCCAGCCAAGUUCCCCAGAAAGUGUUCCCUCGGAAACUUCUGCUGCCGAACUCUUAAGUGCUGUAAGAAGGAGUGCUGUCAGAACUCUGCGAGAUAUUGCAGCAACGGCCGUUGCUAUAAAUAGAUGGCAAGUCUUUUGGUCAUGAUCAUCAAUUGUGUGACACUGGGUGAAUGAGAAUUGGUACGAGAAAGCCGAGAGGAAUGCUUCACCUGUUGGGACUUGGUUUGUCGGAAAGGAACUUGAAAAUGACUAGCAUACACAUAAAUGAACGACAUUCUAUUUGAUAAC